GUCCCUCCCAGUCCCUCCCAGUCCCUCCCAGUUCCCAGCCCGGGUUAUAAACCCCGCUGUGACCCCUGGGGUUGUUUGUUCCCGUCCAUGGCUCUGUCCCCACACCCCGCGGUGGCCCUGGUGGCCUUGGUGGCCUUGGUGGCCCUGGUGGCCCCCCCGGCGUGGGGGUGGCACCGGGAGGCGCCGACGGCGACGCUGACGGUGACAAACGGGGGACAGUGGGGACAGUGGGGACACCCCGAGUUCUGCCCCCCCAGGAGCUUCGCCAGCGGCUUCCAGCUCAAGGUGGAGCCCCACAAGGGAUUUUUCGGUGACGACACGGCGCUGAACGGCGUCCGGCUGCUCUGCGGCACCGCCGGGGAGGUCACCUCCAGCGUGGGACCCCGCGGCGUCUGGAGCCACCCAGAGUCGUGUCCCACCGGCCAACGCCUGGUGGCCUUCCGUCUUCGCGUGGAGCCACCACGCGGCCUCUGGGACGACACGGCCGCCAACGCGGUGGCCGCCAUCUGCUCGGGGGGGUCCUUGCUGGAAGGUCCAGGUGGUCCUCAGGGCACUUGGGGCAACUGGAGCGUCCCUUGUCCGCCCGGCGCCGGCGUUUGUGGCCUCCGGACGCGGUUGGAGCCGCCUCAACGUGGUGGAGAUGACACAGGACUCAACGAUCUGGAGCUCUACUGCUGCGGCUGAGACGGCGCCGGGGGGCGACUUGGGGGUCCUUGGGUCACCUUUGGGGUUCCUUGGGUCAUCUUGAGGUUCCUUGAGGUUCCUUUGGGUUUUUU